AUGACGCAGUCCUCAACGCUGAUCCGGCCGGUGCUACUUACCAAGAACACUUCUCGCGCGUACCCCAGCGCUGUUGCUGACGUGUCAUCUGGCGCACGCGUUGCGACGGCCACGAAGGCGCGGGCGUCUCCUUCAUUAUACCCAAGCCUGUCCCCCGAUCACCUCUACGACGCCAAAGGGGGAAGUGGCGGUGAGGCCAGUAUGAGUCCUGGUACAGCGACAGUUCAGUCCCCGUAUCUCUCGCGACCUUCUCCACUUCCGCCGUCUUCGCAGCCAGUGGGGCACAGACGCUCUCGCAGGCUGUCUCUCAUCUCACUGAACAGUAACUCAUCAACGUCCUUUCUGCACCACGAGCAGCGGCGUUCCCAAGACGAGAGGGCCGCCGGGACCCUACGCGUCUUCAAUCCCAUGCCGGACCUGUCGCCUGCCACAAAGGAGGCGAAUGGGGAGCGGUGCUGCUGCUCUGCUGACGAAGACCUCACGCUGGGCACGAGUGGCUCUGCACCAGACGGGGUCGGAAAUAUCCCAUUCACGAUGCAGGUCGGCGGCGCAGAAGCUGCCGCCACCGCUGUCUGCGGGGCACGCCAAAGGGGCACCGGCGUCAGUGGCGCAGGUGCGCAUUCGCACGAUGCAGUGAACUACGCCGACCCCCUUCCGAGCACGUGCGCGGGCAGUGAUCUUCUUCACAAAGCUGGCCUCUCUGAGAUCGUGGUGCGACUCAAGGAGCGCGGCAACACAUUUCUUCUGUGCGAGGAAUUCGAGCUCGCAAUUGCGACCUACACCGAGGCAAUUCGGCUUGCCCCCGGCCACGAAGCGUUGUGGGGCAAUCGUGCGUGUGCCCUCUUGCUGAGCUUCCGCUACCUCCCUGCGGUGGCGGACUGCCUUUACCUACUGCACCUCCGCCCCGGGCACACAAAGGCAUACUGGCGUGCUGCCAAGGCCUACGCGGCCACGUACCGGUUGCUGGAGGCGAAGAAGUUCUACCAGCUGGCUCAGCAGGCAUGCACGAGAGGCGGCGUGUGGCGGGGGUCAGCCUCGAUCAGUGGCACAGCGGCCCCCUCAUCCUCGAUGCGCACCAGCAAAGGUGGUGAUGGGACCCCAGACACCGUCCCUACACGUGGCGCUGCGGAAAGCACCGCAGCCGAGGCUGUCGGUGCCUUCUGCAUACCCGGCAGCCACUUCCUGAAGGCUCAGAGGGACCGGGAAGCUAUGGCGGCAGAGGCGGCGGCACUGGAGGUGGUGGAGACCUACUGGCAGCAUCUGCGUCACGAACGGUGGGCGGAUGCAUUAGGAGCUAUGGACAAGGUAUUGGCCUUGCCUAGCUACACAGGGCCGACAGCCGUCUCCUGGCAGGCGCUCCGUCUCGAGGCGCUUCUUCACCUCCAACCAAAAAAGGCGUUGACCGAGGCGGAGACCCUCUAUAGAGCCUACCCCAACUCUCUGGAGCUUUACCCAGUGCUGGCCAAAGCCAUCUUCUAUGACGCGCACGAUGCCGCCGCAACCACGCGGUGUCUCAGCCUGCUGGAUGAGGCGGCCGAGAAGCGCCGUGUGCAAAACUGCCUGCUGAAGGCCCAUGUGAGUUAUUCUGUGAAGCAGCUGCGUGGCGGGCUUCCCGCUGACACCGGCAAAACCACAGCUCUGCACAUGGAGACGUGGGGCAAGCAGCACUGCCUCAGGGAGGACAGUCGCACCACGGAGCUGCGUCACACUAUUGAGAAGUUUGCGCGUCACCGUGACGCUGGGAACGCGGCGUACGACGUCGGUGACUGGGAAGCCGCGGCGUCCGCCUACACGCGCUGCCUCGAGACAGACCGCCUGAAUCACGCACUUCUGGCGGCGGUGCACUGCAAUCGGACGGCGGUGUACAUGCAAGCGGGCCGCUGGCAAGACGCCCUAAGCGACGCAGACGCCGCCGUGUCGCUCAGCCCGGAGUACGCUACGGCGUACGCCAGACGCGGGCGGGUGCAACUGUACCUGCUUGCUCAGGAGUACGGGGGACAACGUGCCACUCUCGCGAAUCGCUACGCAGCGCCGUGGGUGGCAGCAAUGAAGGAGCGUCUGCAAGGCUACGCAGACGCCGCCGUCAUGGACCUGACGCGUGCGGUGGAGCUGUCCCCGACGAUGGAGCACAAGGCGCAACUGCAACAGGCACUGACUCAGCGCCAGGCUAUUCAAGCCUUGCUCAAGUCCCCCUCUGAGACAUCAAAGGCUUCUAUGCCGUCUUCAUCCGCUGCUUCUUCAGAAGGGAAAAGGCACCGCGGUCAGAGCGCGCAUUCGUCACCCCCACCCUCGGGUGCGCGGCACGUUGAGUCGAUGGCUAUACAUGAGCUCAUGGAACAGUUGAAGUUGCUCGGUUUGAGCAUUGUUGCGCCGUCGGCACCUGGGGAGUUUGGGAGACUUCCAGAGCCGAAGGUGAUAGCCAAGGCGUACCGGGAGUUAGCGCUUCGUUGGCACCCAGACAAGUGGGUAACGGCCACUCCGCACGAGCAGCAGCGGGCAGAGCAACAGUUCAAGUCGAUAUGUGUCGCGUAC